AUGGGAAGGGGACGCGGACGGCCGAAGAAAAAGGUGUCUUCACCCACGUCCAAACCUCUGGAACUGGAAUUGGAAACGGAGAGAAGUGAUUCUACUAUUGAGGGGAAGAGUGGAGAUGAGAAAUUGAAGCGAGAUGAAGAGGAUAAACGAGAUGUCAGUACGCAUAACAAAGGUAGAGAGACUGAAAUUAAGCGUGAUGAAUCCCCAAAAAAGUUAUGGGUUGAUGUCAUUAGUGGGAAUAGGGUACCAGAGAAUGGGCUGGCGAUUGAAUUUGUUGCCCCAACAAUGGUGGAUGGAGAAGCCCAGGUGGAGAUUGAAAUUGAUGAUGUUGUCCAAGAGAUGCAGUACUGGGAAGCUUCAUUGAUUAUGUAUGCGAUGGGGAAGGACCUGAGCAUGUAUGCGGUGAAACAAUUCAUGGGUCGAGCCUGGAACCAUAUUCAACUACCUAACAUUUUCUAUAAUGAAGAGGGUUUUUUCAUAUUGAAGUUCAGGUCUAUUGAGGAUAAAGACUUGAUAUUGAUGAAAGGUCCUUAUACGAUACACAAUGUGCCAAUGAUACUGAGGGAUUGGUCACCAGACUUUAACUUCAAGAGGGACAGUAUUCGUACACUACCGUUAUGGGUGAAACUACCUCAGUUACCGCUGCACUUGUGGGGAGCGAGAAGCUUGGGGAAAAUCGGAAGCGUGAUAGGGAAACCGCUGUAUACUGAUGAAUGUACAGCUAACAAACUAAGGGUGUCGUAUGCUCGAAUCUUAGUAGAAGUGGAUAUAACCCUGAAACAGCGAGACCAUGUGAUGAUAAAGGAUAGGGAUGGGAAAAUGAUCAAGCAAGUCGUGGAAUUCGAAUGGAAACCAAAAUACUGCGGAACUUGUCUAAAAACAGGUCAUGAUUGUCAGAAUGAGAUUGUCAAGAACAAUAAGGUUUGGCAGGAGAAGAAAUCGGAUGUGAUAGUGACCCAAAAGGAAGUUGAAAAGCAGACUUUGGAUGUGGUUAUAACUCCAGGAGGGCAACUUCCUUGGACCCAGGUUGGAAGUAGUGGAAGAGGUAAAGGUAAGACUGCUAUUGCUGAGGCAGUUAAUAGUUCUGUUGAUUUCAGUAGCCUAAAUGGAUUUCAGACACUAGGGGGAUGGCAGGAUCCUGGUGGAAGUGGUCAAUGA